GGUAACGGACAACCGAUGAGUAUACCUCAGAGACCUCAGCACAUUCAAAGAACCGCAUCAUCGGCUUCGUUGUCCACCUCACUCACUAAGAAGAAAGUUUCAUCAUCUAAUCCAAAUACGGUUUGUUUCAACUGUCAAACUCAAAAGACACCUCUCUGGAGACGUGAUCCUAAUGGGAAUACCUUGUGUAACGCUUGUGGGCUGUUCCAAAAGCUUCAUGGAACCAUGCGUCCGCUCUCGUUGAAGACAGAUGUGAUAAAGAAGAGA